CUUUUUACCCCUUUGAAAGCUUGACACGAGCACAUGCACAGACUGCGACACACUUCCACAGGUUUCAUCUGGAGGACAGCAGUUACACUAUAAUGCUCGUGGGUUAUUUGUGAAAGUUCUCAAGCGGACGCGCGCGUGGCAGCCGGACAGUAUUCAAGCUUUAUAUUGAGUCUGCGAGGAACUAAGAUGCCCAAACCAAAGAGUGAAUAACUCACCCUCACAGAAGACAGCAUGUUCAGUGUGAUUCUACUCUUUUUACUCGGAGUGGGGGAUGUCCUGUCCACACGGGAGACAUGUCCUUCGGGGGCGUUCACAACCAAAGGAGAGUGCUGCCAACAGUGCCAGCCAGGGGAGGGCAUGGUCCAGCCCUGUGGAAAGCAUCAGACAGUGUGUGAACCGUGUCUUGACAGCGAGACGUUCUCUGAGAACUUCAGCCACACGGAGAAAUGUCAGACGUGUACACCCUGUUCCAAACUCAUGCGCAUGCUGACGCCCUGCACCGACUCCAACGACGCCAUCUGCGUCUGUGACUACAGCUUCUUUUUCAGCAGCGUCACAGGCCGCUGCGAGGCAUGCACGGUGUGUCCUGUGGGUCAGGGGGUGCUGAUGCGCUGUAACUACGACCGCGACACGAUCUGCGAGGAGUGCAUUGAUGACACGUUCUCAGACCAGGAAACCUCUUUCGACCCGUGUCUGCCCUGCAUCGUGUGCGAGCAGCCGGAUAUCGAGUUGAAGAGCUGCACUUCUGUCAGUGACGCCAUCUGCCAAGAUGUGGAUCCUCCUAACAGCUCGUCCUCUCCCACUUCUCCUCCUCCAUCAGAUGUCUCGUACACGGACAGGUUUCCUCCGGACGGUCCCACGGAGAGUGUGACCACGGCUGACCCCGGCCUGAAGAAACUUCCCGGGCUGAGUGAUAACCUGAUUCCCAUCUACACCUCCAUACUGGCUGCGGUGCUGCUGGGUCUGGUGGCCUUCAUCAUCUUCAAACGGUGGAACAGUUGUAAACAGAAUAAACAUGGAGCCAACAACAGAGCGUGUAGUGCAAACCCCAGUCAGACUCCUUCUCCCGAGGGUGAGAAACUUCACAGUGAUAGUGGGAUCUCUGUUGACAUUCAGAGCCUACAGGAGGGCCAGGGACCCCCGCAUGCAGUGGUUAAGAUAGAUGGAGGUUCAGCCCUCUCUUUACCCUUACACACACGGGAGGAGGUGGAGAAGCUGCUAAACCGCACCUGCGGAGGGGAGGAGUCAGGGGCCAACGAAGAUUCCGAUUGGUGCAGCCUGGCAGGGUUGCUGGGAUACAAAGAGGAGCACAUUGCUAAUUUCAAGCAGGAGGAGAGGCCCAUUCAAGCCCUGCUGUGUCAUUGGGCGAAUCAAGAUUCGGCUAGUAUCGAUACGCUUUGCACAGCACUUAAGAAGAUCAACAGGGAGGAUGUUGCGCAGGGCAUCACGGUCAAACCCACGGCUACAUCUGCCGUAUGAGAAAUAAACACCUUAUAUUGCCUUCAGUAUACAUUGAUGUUGAUGUAUCACUAUAUCCAAACCCUAAAAGCAAAUGCUUUUUAUUUGAACCUUUAGUUAUGACCAAACUCAGAUUUUCCUUGCACGGCUCUAAUUUGAAAACGGUUUAUCCAUUUCACCCAAACAACAUCUACCAUGAAUUUCACAAAGGCUUCAGUAAUCAAAUAGCACACAGGCAGAAAUGAUUCGUUUUACAUUUAAAAUAUUUAAGCAACAAAUACUGUACACAAACUACAAGCUGCCUCCAACUUAAGCCUCUUUUUCUUCUUCUCCGUUUCAACUAUUUGUUUGUCUCUAUAAAUGAACCACUAAUAACACACGUCAAUAAUAAUAUAUCAAAUGUGGCAGGUUCAGUGAUUUGCUAUGCAAUGAGUGUAACAUAAACUCAAACCAUAUCCACUGACUCUUUUCUAUCAGAGUUAACUCAUCUCAUGUACACAGAUUAGUGCUCCUGUGAUUCACAUACAUGUGCAGCGUUAGUCGAUGUGAGCAGAACAGCAUGAACGGGAAGAAAUACUGAAAGGGAAUAUCGCAACACGGCACCACUAGGAAAGGAUAUAAUUUUUCACUGGAUAUAGCCAGUUAUCUUGUUGGCUAGGGCAUCGCCUGAUCUUUUGGGUGUAGGUUACGUAUUAGCUUGAGAAAUACAAAUUAAAGCGUAAUUUAAGUGAAAUCUUGAAUCAGUUCUCAUCUUUUAUCACUAAUUCGAAAAGUAAAAUCCCACAUAGAAAACUGUGUUUGAGCGACACCAUCCAAAACUAUGAUUUGCUACUUGGAGUUGCUAGUUCUCAUGCUAGAGAACUUAUUGGACAAACCUUUGUGUGGUGCAAGAGCCAUGGAUAGUUUUGUUAGGUUUUCCUAGACGGACAAUCAAUGACAAUAUAAGAUAAUGUGAGUGUAGACAAGGAAUCACUUUAAGAGAGAUUGUAGAGCAACUGUAAUAGGAAUACAGUGGAGCUGGAAAUUGGAAUUGUCUUAAGACUUAUCUGAAUGUAAAGGCAUUGAUUUCUUCUUUUCACAUCUUCUAUGUAAAUAGACCUUCUUCAUAUUUACUAGUUAGCAAUAUUGAGGCCUGAUGGCAGGAUUCAAAUUUUGGGCAUUCUGGGUCCGGCUUGUUUUCACACAAUCACAAAGUUUUGGGAAAUUUUUCAUCAUCAAGCCUAAGAAGAUUUUUUUUCAAAUCCAUCUGAUAUUAUCAAAUAUUGCAUCAAUCAACAUUAUUUCAUAAACAUUUUAUGACAGUUAAUUGAAUUGACUGUAUAUUUAUAAUGUUGUUUUGUUAAUAGUGGGCAGGUGACUCAGAACAUUCUAUAUGGAAUGAGAGGGAGUCUGCCGUCCUGGUGGUCUGGCUGAAAGAUGAUACGGUUUUCUUUUCUUUCUUUUUUUGAAUUUUUCUUCAUUACGGAGGUAAUGUGACACUGGUCAGUACUAUCUAUGGUCAUCACCAUGACAAAGCGCUUGGCCAAUACACAUAUGCUCUCAAACACAUGGCAAAGACACAGCCUGUGUGACUGAUCUGAAGAUUUAGGAUUUAAGUGAUUUUAUUGAAGAUAUACUUACAAGUGUUUCACAGUUACAGAAAACCUGGCCUGAGAAUGUUACAGUUAUGAUUGACAGCCCUAGAAAAGUCAAAGAAGUGAAUAUUGAGUAAUGUACUUUUCUGUAUAGUGACUAUAAGUGUUUUUUGCAGCUAGUUAUUGCUUUAUUAGUGGCUGUGUAGAGAAAAUCUCAGAAGUUUACUGACAUUUGUGCUCCAAUUCCAAAGGCGUCUAAAUGAAAACCAACCCUUCCAAUCUCUAAAUUAUAUUUCUUAAACCCCCUUUACAGCUUUAAAGAGCAAAUAUUUGCCAAAGAUUGUCCAUGUUGGAAGAAAGACUUACUGUGAUAACAGAAAUGUGUUUGAAAUAGUGCUAAAUCAACAUCGCUUACCAAUUCCAUGCGUCUGACAUCUGUGGGUCAAACAUUGAAUUUGAAAUCGGACAGUGGUGUUUGAAAUAAAACCAAAAGAAAUAUGCAGGGCGUUUUCUCAGUGUUUUGUGGAGGUUUGCCCAUCUGUCAGUACUGUGUUCCAUGUUGUCAGCAUAUCAGUGGCCUUAUAAUAGAGUUUGUGUAGCAGAACACAUGUGCGAAAAGCACCAAAUGAACGUAUGGUAGAUUCAGUACAAACGUUUGGAGAUGUUUUUUUUUUUCGGGAAUGGAAGAAGGCCGAUUUGUUACGCAAAAGACAGCCUUUGCAUUCUCACGCUGCAUGAUAGUCAGUAUUCAUUCUUAAAAACGCUCAUAAUAUAUUUUCAGCAUCUGCUGCGAAUGCUGAGGAAUGUGUUUUAAACUUUAUAUAACCCCUUCCCCACACAAAUGUUUAUGGCCAUGCAUUUUUGAAACAUGUAAACACACUGUAAUUUCUAUCUUAAAAUGAAGGCGUUCUCCAUUUCUGGAUGUGAAUUGUUAUUGUUUAUUUCUUUUAGCAUUUGAUAGAGUGUAGCACUUACAAUAUGCAUUUUCUAUAACAAAUGCCUGAGGUUAAUAUCAGGUUUGUGUUGUUUUCUUUUUGUGUAGUUUGUACAUAAUUUGUCUUGGUUGUGCUUUUUUUAUGCAAAUUCUUAAAGUUUUUUGUUCUUGGUCAAUAUUUUUGGCCAGUAUUAGCCAAUCCUGCAGCCAUCCUGACAGUCCCACCCUGAAUUUAAGUUAAUGAUGCCAUGUUGUGCUGGUCGGAAUUAAUUCAUAAUUCCUAUGAAUUAAACAGGGAUUGGUAUUAUAAUAAUCAAAGAAUUACACACUUAACAUUUUACCAUGCGUAUUUAAAAAAAAUGGAGUCUUGGUUUAUUUGUUUAAUGAUUUUUUUUGUAGUAUUACACAAUAUCAGAGAAGUCCAUAUCUUUGAGUUGGAUGUUUUGUUGGAGCAUUGAGCAUCUACCCUUCAGAAAUCCCUAAUGAUACCUGGAAGCAAACUGCCCCAUGAUGAUAACUAGACUUAAUCUCGCUCCUGAUGGAGGGGCUUUGUGGCCAAACAAUGAGCGUGAGGACCAUGAGAGGAGGAGGAUGUGAGACGUGUACAUUGUUUUGUCAUGGUUCUGCAGGAAGAAGAAAUGCUGAAUGUUACAUGUAUUUACUGUUAUGUACACUGUAUCGCUGUAUAAAUGUGAAUUUACUAGAAUUCAUAAAGUAGGUUUAAUGCAAUUACUAUCACAAACAAGAAAUAAUAAACUAAAUAAGAUUGCA